UUAACACGUACCAAACUCUCCUGGUCAAUUCCCAAAUCAGAAUAGAGAGGGGGGGGCCUCAAAAUUCUUUUCUUUUGCAAACGAUUAAACCCUAAUUCCUCUCAGUUCUUCAACCUCUCUCAAACCCUAAACCCUAAUCUCCACGCCCAUCGACUUCGCUCAUCUCAAUCCGUCUUCUUCUUCUUCUUCCAUGGACGAAUCAUCUCAGAAGAGGAGAGAGAGGCUCCAAGCCAUGAGAGCCGACGCCUCAAACCAAUCCCAGCCUCUCUCAUCCUCCUCCUCUUCUUCUCCAACUCAAGGCCUUUCGAAUCCUCUAGUCAACUCCGAUGCCAACGAGAGAACGCCUAAAGCUCCAAGAUUCCAUUACUACACCGACCCAAUGGCCGCCUUCUCCGGUUCCAAGGCGAGUAAUCACCCCGAGAGCUUCUCUGCUCCAAUUCGAGGCCGUUCGCCUCUUUCCCAUCCCUCGAAUCGACCAAACGUGGUUGGCAGCAGCGGCUUUUAUCGCGCUCCUGAGAGCUUCUCCUCUCCGAUUCGAAGCCCUUCGCCUCACUCGUAUGCAUUGAAUCGACCCAUUGCGGUUGACAACUAUUAUCGCUCUCCUCAGAGCUUCUCCUCUCUGAUUCGAACCCCUUCACUUCUUUUGUAUGCAAAUGAUGGACCAAUGAACUAUAAUGUAGCUGCUGCCUCUCCUCCUGGCCUCCAAUUUCAAACAAGCCAGUCUCCUGAUCAGAGUCCAUGGCGAAGCCCAAUCCCGUUCCAGAGCCCUUUCCCUGGAAAUUUCAGGGGAACACCACCCAGUCAUGCUCCAACCCCUAAUUCUUCCCGUCCCAAUUACUCGUCCCGUGGUGGUCUUCUUCCAAAUCCCAGCUUCAGACAUGGAGGCAGCCCAAGUCCACAUUCUAACUCUGGAAGAGGAAACCAGUCACGGUUUAGGGGCGGAAGAGGCCGUGGGUUCCGUCACAUUAAUUGUUCUUCACCAUAUGAUCCGCACCAUUUCUAUAAAGCUAUGAUGAAAGAUCCAUGGCGAAAGUUGAAGCCUAUUGUUGGCAUACUUGUCCCUGUCCCUAGAAACGGAUCAGGGUCUUCUUGGCUUCCGAAAUCAAUAGCAGAACCUAAGAGGGCGGGGAAAGCGUUUGAGACCGGCGGUGCCAAGUCCAAGUUGAGCCUCGCCGAGAGCCUAGCUCUUGCCCUUGACGAAGCUGCUAGUGGUGAGGAAGAAACCUGAUUAAUGUAAAACUGUCCUAUUUUUAUUUAAUGAAGGUGAACGUCGAUUUCUGUAUGAUGAGAUUAGUGAAGAGCACGGCAUCUUUAUGCGAUUAUAUAAGAUGGAGAAAUGAUGUAAAUAUUCUGUUUUCCUCCUCACUAUUCCUUCUUUUUUGUAUUUCUUACAUUUCUCAUAAUUAAACCUGGGAACAAUUAAUAAGAUUUUCUAUUGUGCUAAUCAAUCA